AUGGCUCCCGCAAGAGACGACGAUCUCUUCACGCCGGCCGCGGCCUGCCAGAACCCCACAAGCCUCAAGCCCAACGGCGCGGAGGGUCGUUUGAUGCACCGCUCCUUGGUCCAGCACCCCUCAAUGGUUGAAUCCGCCAGCGGGGUCUAUUUGAACCUGGCCAACGGUCAGAAAGUCAUCGACGCCUGCGGCGGUGCCGCCGUUGCCAUCAUCGGCCACGGCAACGAAGAAGUCAUCCAAGCCAUCACCGACCAGGCCCGGAAAGUGAGCUACGUCCACACACAAGCAUACACCACCGAGCCGGCCGAGGAGCUCGCCAACGUCAUCCUCGACGGCAACCCUCACGGGCUCGAGAAGGCCUUCUUCGUCUGCAGCGGAAGCGAGGCCGUCGAGUCGGCGUUGAAGCUGGCCCGCCAGUACCACUACGAAAAGGGGCAGCCGCAGAGACUGCACCUCAUCGGCAGGCGGCAGGCUUACCACGGCAACACCAUGGCGACGAUGUCCAUCUCCACCGUCGCGGCGCGGAAGGUCCCUUACCACGGCUUCGGCUACCCCCACGUCUCGUUCGUCUCGCCGGCGUACGCGUACCAGUACCAACGCAAGGACGAGUCCGAGGACGAGUUCACAGCCCGGCUCCUGGCAGAAAUCGAGGCGGAAUUCCAGCGCGUCGGGCCGGGUAACGUCAUCGCUUUUGUGGCCGAGACCAUGGUCGGGGCCACCGCGGGAUGCGUGGCGCCCCCUGUCGGCUAUCUCGCGGGUGUCCGACAGAUCUGCGACAAGCACGGCGCCCUCCUCAUCCUCGACGAGGUCAUGUGCGGCACCGGACGCACGGGGACGUUCUUCGCCUUCGAGCAAGAGGGGGUUGUCCCUGACAUCGUCACCGUCGCCAAGGGGCUGGGGGGAGGCUACGGUCCCAUCGCCGGUGUUUUGAUGCACGAAAAGGUGGUCGCCGCCCUGAGGCAGGGCUCCAACGCCUUCAACCACGGACACACAUACCAGGCGCACCCCAUCGCCUGCGCCGCGGCUUUGGCCGUCCAGAAGAUCCUGAGGCGAGAUGGCCUGGUGGCUCGCUGCGCUCAACUGGGCAACAAACUGGAGGCUCUGUUGCGCGCUGAGUUGAUCAACUGCCGAUCGGUUGGCGAUAUCAGGGGCCGGGGGUUGUUCUGGGGAGUGGAGUUCGUCAAGGACCGAGACACCAAAGAGACUUUCGAUCCCAAGACGAGGUUUGGGAUCCGUGUUCAAGAGCGGGCCUUUGAGAAGGGCGUGGCGUUGUAUCCUGGUGCCGGCACGGUUGACGGCUCGAGGGGGGACCACGUCUUGCUCGCGCCCCCAUACACGACCACAGAAGAGCAGCUACUAGUCGUAUGUCGAGUCUUCAGGGAAGCAGUUGAAGAAAUUGAGGCGGAAACAUUGUAA